AUGGAGCAGACGCUGCCCCCGCUGCCAGGCCCCAGCAAGCCGCAUCUGGAGAAGCUGACCCUGGGCGUCACCCGCAUCCUAGAGUCUUCCCCAGGUGUGACAGAGGGGACCAUUACAGAAAAGCUGCCUGCUGAACGUCAUAUGAUUUCUUCAUGGGAACAAAAGAACAACUGUGUGAUGCCUGACGAUGUGAAGAACUUUUACAUGAUGACCAAUGGCUUCCACAUGACAUGGAGUGUGAAACUAGAUGACAGUGAUGACCAACCAGAGAAGCCUCACUUUGACUCUCGCAGUGUGAUAUUUGAGUUGGAUUCCUGCAGUGGGAAUGGGAAGGUUUGCCUUGUCUACAAAAGUGGAAAACCAGGACUCCCGCAUGACACUGAGAUCUGGUUCCUGGACAGAGCAUUAUACUGGCAUUUUCUUACAGAUACUUUUACUGCCUAUUACCAUUUGCUCAUAACCCACCUGGACCUGCCUCAGUGGCAGUAUGCGUUCACCAGCUAUGGCAUUAGCCCACAGGCCAAGCAAUGGUUCAGUAUGUACAAGCCUAUCACCUACAAUACAAACCUGCUCACUGAAGAGACCGACUCCUUUGUGAACAAGCUGAAUCCAAACAAGGUGUUUAAGAACCAAAACAAAACUCCAGACCCCAAAAAGAAAGGACCUGUACAACCUUUAGGUGGUCAGAAAGGGCCUGGAUCCUCAGGUCCCUCUACCCCUAAACCUUCCUCGGGCUAUGGAAACCCUUUCCAUAAAUGAGCAUUCCUCUGCCCAGCUCUCAGCUAGCCCCACAGCAGUGAUUUCCAUGCACAAGCGGGCUAAGAAGUGGCCCAACCUCAGAUUCUCUAUGUGACUCAGCAUCUUCCUGAAUGACUGACAUCAUAGGCCUUUACUCUACUCAUAGUGAGGAGUUGGAAGGGCAUGGUGUGUUCUCUCUAGGAGUCUUUAUCUCAUGGUGGGUCGUUGCAGUGGAGAAGUUCAGAUCGUAAGUGUCCAUGUGAGUAUAUGGAGAAUCGUCCUCUUCCUACACCCAGCCCUCAAUUCCUCAGCAAUAAUUAGAGAAAGCCCCCGGAGAAACCCACACUCUAACCCAUGAAACCUUAGUGGCUGCUUCAUGUAUGAAAAAUUCAUUUCCUCAGUUGCAGUGAGCACACAUCAAGCAUUGUCAUGGCUAGUGGAUUCUGGAUUGGUGGGCAGGGAUGGAGUUACUUCCAAACGUGUCAUACUUCAGAUGAGUUUAUUUGCUGUUAAAUCAUAUUGAUGCGUUAACUUCAUGUUUCCUGAAAACUCUUAAAGAUGCAGUUUUAUGUUCUUUACAUCCCAGACCACAAACAUUUCUUACUUGAGUCAUUCAUGUUUUUAAUGUAUUAUAAAGUUCACAUUCCU